AUGAGGUUCAACAAUGUCGCCGCCGCCAUGGGCGCAGCCAUGCUCGCCGGAGGUGUCUAUGCCGAUGACGCCCAGAAGGUUCUCAAGGACGAGAGCUCUUCCACUGCUGCCGAGGCUUCCACCUCGGUCGCGGUCGAGAUGCCCACCUUCACGCCUACCAAGCUCAAGGCCCCCUUCCUUGAGCAGUUCACCGAGGACUGGGAGCAGCGCUGGAAGCCGUCUCAUGCCAAGAAGGACAUGAAGGGCAGCAGCAAUGAGGAGGAGGAGUGGGCGUACGUCGGCGAGUGGGCUGUCGAGGAGCCUACCGUCUACAAGGGCAUGGAGGGCGACAAGGGCCUCGUCAUCAAGAAUGCCGCUGCCCACCACGCCAUCUCGGCCAAGUUCCCCAAGAAGAUCGACCCCAAGGGCAAGACCCUGGUCGUCCAGUACGAGGUCAAGCUUCAGAACGGCCUCGAGUGCGGUGGCGCUUACAUGAAGCUCCUGCGCGACACCAAGGCUCUCCACCAGGACGAGUUCUCCAACACCACGCCGUACGUCAUCAUGUUCGGCCCCGACAAGUGCGGCCACAACAACAAGGUCCACUUCAUCUUCAACCACAAGAACCCCAAGACCAAGGAGUACGAGGAGAAGCACCUGUCGGCGGCCCCUGCCGCCCGCAUCGUCAAGACCACCGAGCUCUACACGCUCGUUGUCCACCCCAACAACACCUUCCUCAUCCAGCAGAGCGGCGAGACCGUCAAGGAGGGCAGCCUCCUCGAGGACUUCACCCCGGCCGUCAACCCCGAGAAGGAGAUUGACGACCCCAAGGACUCCAAGCCCGAGGACUGGGUUGACGAGGCCCGCAUUCCCGACCCCGAGGCCAAGAAGCCCGCGGACUGGGACGAGGAUGCCCCCUACGAGAUUGUCGACGAGGAGGCCACCAUGCCCGAGGACUGGCUCGAGAAGGAGCCCCUCACCGUUCCCGACCCCGAGGCCCAGAAGCCCGAGGACUGGGACGACGAGGAGGACGGAGACUGGAUCGCCCCGACCAUCCCCAACCCCAAGUGCGGCGAGGCGUCUGGCUGUGGCCCCUGGACCAAGCCCAUGAAGAAGAACCCCGACUACAAGGGCCCGUGGUCCGCCCCCUACAUCGACAACCCUGCCUACAAGGGCGUCUGGGCCCCCCGCAAGAUCGCCAACCCCAACUACUUUGAGGACAAGCACCCGGCCAACUUUGAGCCCAUGGGCGCCAUCGGCUUCGAGAUCUGGACCAUGCAGAACGACAUCCUGUUUGACAACAUCUACAUUGGCCACUCUGUCGACGAGGCCCGCAAGUUCGCCGACGAGACCUUCUUCCUGAAGCACCCCGUCGAGAAGCAGGCCGCCGAUGCCGACAAGCCCAAGGAGCCCGAGAAGCCCAAGUCUCCCUCUGACCUCAAGUUCACCGACGACCCGGUCCACUACAUCCGCGAGAAGGUCGACCUGUUCACCACCAUCUUCGCCCGCGACCCCGUCGAGGCCUUCAGGUUCGUUCCCGAGGUUCCCAUUGCCGUCGGUACCAUCCUGGCCACUCUCCUGGUCGGCCUCCUGGGUCUGACCGGCGGUGCGGCUGCCGCGGCUCCUGCGGCCAAGAAGGUUGCCGGCGACGCGUCGGCCAAGGCCAAGGACGCCAAGGACAAGGCCGCCGCCGCCGUUGCGUCGGGUGCCGAGGCCGUCAAGGACGGUGCCAGCAAGCGCACCACCCGGAGCCAGUCGUAA